AUGCCGCUCGCCGACUACCUCGCCCAACAUUACCUCUCCGCCUCACGUCCUGCACCCGCCAAAAAACGCAAGCGCAAGACACCGAAAGACACCUCCGGUGGCCUCACUAUUGCGGAUGACGAUGUCGACAUCUGGACUCAGCCCAAAGCUACAAAUGAUUCCGACGACGAGGAUACACCCACCAUAGUCGGCGGCCUCACCAUUCCCGCUGCCAAGGCAAAAAAGGCGAAAUGGAUCACCGUUGGGAGCUCCGCGCCCAAGGACUCGGAGCAAGCUGCCGCGGACGCGAUUCUCGCUUCUGCGGCCAAGGAGGUGGAGGCGAGAGCUGAGCAGGACGACGAUGCGCCCGCUGUGGUGGAAGGAGGGAAUAACACAAAUGCCGCACCAGCCAUGGCAUCCGGCGCAGCGGCGGGAUUACAAUCUGCGGCGCAGGUUUCAGCAGCGGUGAAGAGGAAGCAAGAUGCGGAAAUGGCGGCGAUGAAAGACGCGGGAUUGGAUAUGGGUGGACUAGCGCAGCAGACGAUUUAUCGAGAUGCGUCAGGGAGGAGGAUCAAUGUUGCGGCGAAGAAGGCGGAGGUGGAGGAUAAAGCUGCUGAGGCGGAGAGGAAGAGGAAAGAGGAGGAAGAAGGUGCGAAGGGAGAUGUUCAGAGGCGAAUGGCGGAGGAGAGGAGAGUGGAGUUGAGGGAGGCGAAAGGGAUGAAGGUCGCGAGGGGUGUGGACGAUGAGGUCAUGAAUGAGGAGUUGAAGGGGAGGAGUCGGUGGGGCGAUGUCAUGGCGGGAAUGUUGACGGAGAAGAGUCAAGUGGGAAAAAAGGUGAAGGGUGGGAAGGCGAGGAAGGGAAAGGAGUAUGCGGGUGCGUUCGAACCGAAUCGGUAUGGGAUUCGACCGGGGUGGAGGUGGGAUGGAGUGGAUCGAGGGAAUGGAUUUGAGAGGAAAUGGUUUGCGGCGAGGAAUCGGAAGAAGGAUCGCGAGGCGUUGGAGUAUGCUUGGCAGAUGGAUGAGUGA